UUCUGCUGUCAAACGUGAACAAGAAGCAGCGAAGAUGGAGAAAGUUCUCCUCCUCCUCAUCGGUGCAUCAGCUCUAUGCAGCGUCUGUUCUUUUACUGACCGUAAGUACAUCUUCGUUUAUGAGCCGAAGACCUGGACCGAAGCGCAGAGCUUCUGCAGAUCACGGUACACCGACCUGGUCACUGUGGACAGCUUGGACAUGGUGACGAUGCUGAACGGCAUGGUGGACACCAGCAAGAUGGGAUCUGUGACAGAAGCCUGGAUUGGUUUGUCCUUUGUUGCUGUCAGCUGGCAGUGGUCACUGACGGAUGAAACCUUCUACUCAUCUAAUGCAAACUUCAGAAAGUGGAACACAGGAGAGCCGAACAGCGCCUGGUUUACGGCGGAAUGUGCUCAAAUGUAUGAUAGUGGAACAUGGAACGAUGCUCCCUGUGAAUGGAAACGUCAAUUCUUCUGUUCCAGCAUCUCUGACGUCUCUCCAUCAGCUUCAGUUGGUCCAGGACUCAGCGGCUUCGUUCAUCACUAA